ACUGGCUCGACAAUGGCCUGGAUAACGGAAGAGCAGAUCCAGCAGUUCCGUAAAGACGGUUUCCUUGUUUUGGAAGAGUUUUGCACCACAGAGGAAUGUGAUGCCAUGAGGGAGCAAAUCCACAAGAUUGUCUCUGAGAUGGAUGUGCCACCCCAUUGCCGUACAGUAUUCUGCACCAAAGAAGAGGAACAGCUCCAUGAACAGGGCAGUGCAGAUUAUUUUCUAACGAGUGGAGACAAAAUCAGAUUCUUCUUUGAAAAAGGAGUUUUUGAUGAGAAAGGUGACUUUCUUGUGCCAAAGGAGAAAUCUAUAAAUAAGAUUGGCCAUGCUUUGCAUGCUUAUGAUCCCAUCUUCAAGCAAAUCACUCACUCUUCCAAAGUGCAGGAGUUGGGAAGAAAACUUGGCCUUGAGAAACCAGUGGUUGUCCAGAGCAUGUAUAUCUUUAAGCAACCUGACAUUGGUGGUGAAGUGUUACCACACCAGGAUGCCACAUUUCUGUAUACAGAGCCUCUGGGCAGGAUUCUGGGCCUCUGGAUAGCGCUGGAGGACACCACACGGGAAAACAGCUGUCUGUGGUUCAUACCUGGCUCUCACACUACUGGCAUCACGCGUAGAAUGAUCCGAACCCCACCAGGCACCAUACCAUGCACCCAGUUCAUCGGCUCUGAGAGGACUUAUCAACAUAACCAGUUUAUUCCUGUCCCUGUCCACAAAGGUGGUCUCGUUCUUAUCCAUGGAGAAGUUGUUCAUAAGAGUGAGUUGAACAGCUCAAAGAGGUCUCGCCACGUGUAUACGUUCCAUCUGAUGGAGGCCAAAGAUACCAGCUGGAGCAAAGAGAACUGGCUCCAGCCAACUCCUGAAUUGCCUUUCCCACCACUCUACCCUGAAGCUGACAAUUGGCCAUUGGAGCUAAAUGGUUGAUCAGUGAGUGGACUCCGUUCAUGUUUCUCAGCCAUCUACUUUGUCUCUUCAGAUAUAACCUUCCCCACAAUUCAUAUAUUCUCUGCCCAGCACAAGUAGCUUGAGUCUAUGUGCAUGACACCCAUCCAGCAUUGGCCUUAUGCAGAGCAUCUGUACCACAGCAUGUGUCAAGAAGCUACUCUAAGACUCACUGACAGACACCUCCUUUUCCAGAUAGAGAAAAAUAUUGAGAUUUUGAGUUAUACAAUCAAAGUCAGGAAAAAAAAGUUUCUGCUGUGUUUAUUCCAUCUCUGCUGUAUAAUCUGUGGGUGUACAAAGUCUUUUGAAAGUGAUGUAGGAGGCUUUUGUUGUCACAAAGGUUAAAACCCAUCCUGCUACAACAGCUGUAGAUUAAAAAGAAAAUCUUAGACUGGGCACACAAAGCAGGCUGCCUGGAGCAGAGGGAAGGCUGUGGAGGCUGCCCCUGGCUUGCAGCGCUCCGCCCUCCCAACAGCCAGUAGACUGUGUGGAAGCCGAGGCUCUGGGGGCUGCUCUCUCCUCCCGUGGCUCCCACACCACAGCAUGCUGUCUGUCUUGGGGUGGAGCCAGAGUCUGGGGGCUCGCCCCAUCCCCCAACCGCAGCCUGUCCAGAGAAGAGGCCAGGCUCUGGGGGCUGCCCCCUCCUACAGCAACUCCCCUCGCCACUUGCAGGUGGUCUGGAGGGUGGAGAGACCAGGCUCCAGCAGCACCCCCUGGCCUGCAGGCUCUCUAUGCAGGGGAGGCAGGUGCCGGGUUUGUAGCAGGGGGCCUCCUUACCUGGUCUGGUGGCAGGCAAGAUGGCAGAGCUACAGUCCUGCUGGCCACUCUCGAUGCUGCAGCUGCCCCCAGUGGCCACUGAGUAUUGUGUCCCUCCUCUUUGUGCCCCUCCUUUUUGCAUCGCUUCUCUGCUCCCUUCCUUUCCAUAGUAUGGAGAAGAGUCCCAUUCCUGUCACUUCCCAUUUUCCACACACAGCCAAACCCUGACUUUGGUUUAAGUUAGGAUAGGAGGAAGCUGCGUACCAAAUUUGAUGGCUCUAGCUCUUACAGUUUAGAGGGAUUUCUUGAACAAAUGGACUCACACAGAGGCACCGUGGGGGAGACACAUUGAAGUGGGGGCAGGGCCAGGCUGGCUGUUUGAGAAGACAUUGCCUUCUCCUACCUUAGAUACCCACCACCCACGACAUCAAGUGACAGCCACAGGGGGGAUUCUGUGACCAAACCCGUCACAUGUAAAGUACCGUAAAUUAGCGCAUAUAACACACGCACGAGUAUUACUCGCACCUGAGUAUAACCCGUGGUUUUCCCCAAUAGAGUAAAAAGUCUUGUAUAUCCUGCACACAUGUAUAGCCCACGGGAGAUGGACGGCGGGUAAUGUUAAUGCAAAGCACCUAUAAUCAAGUGUUAAUGAGCCACUAAGUAGGCUACAACCCUUAUCGCUGGUAUAUAACCCAUUUGAACCACAUCGCUUUUCCAUUCAUUUAUUUCUUCAGUUUUAACUUGUAUUUUAAACUUUUAUUCUUUUACUAGUUGCACAGUAAACUAAUGAAUUAAAAUAUGCUGCUUUU